AUGCGACGUGGUGUCAUUUCGUACGCAGUGACGGAUCACGCGACAAGAGCACUGACCCUCCCUUUGCUGCUCGACACUGUUCGCCGCGACCCGGGCAUGACUGCAGCUUACUACGCCAACCGUUAUUUUGGAAAGGAGCGUCAGAUGGAGGUGACGCGUGUGCUGUGGGGCGAGCUGAAGUUCUACGGGCAGGUGACUAUUGAUCGCAUCGAUGGACCGGAGGAACCGCCGCGGUGGUAUCCGGUCUUUUCCAUACCGCGAAAAAUUCACAAUAUUCGACGACACUGUGCCGAGGAGGAGGAUCUCAGUGUUCUUCAGCAAGACACCGCCUUGGCAGCCGGUGGGUCGCCUGUGGCGCAGGAGGCGAGUGCUUCAAUGGCAGCAUCUGUAGAAAAUAGUAUUAUCGCUCUUGUUCAGAAAUCUCCGGGACAUGACAUUCAGUUUUACAUUGGGGAACUUCCUGCAGUGAUGCAAGCAUACGCACCGAUGGCAUUCAGGCGACUACGCGAAGCGGGGGUCAUAGUUAGAGAGCAGACGCCACAAGGCACAUUUGUUUGGAGAUGA